GCUGGUCCGUGAUACAGUGAAGCGCACUCACAAAUCCCACAAAAUCCGUUGCUUUUCAGUGAACCCCAAGUAUCCACUGGAAAUCUCAUUCCCCCGUUCUAUAAAAACCCAACAGAGAUCACCACCAUUUUCAUUAGGCAUGUAAAUUUGUAACAUCCAGAGAUAAAAUUCACAAAAUGGAGAUGGGAAAAGAGAGUGGGAGAGUAACAAAGGAGAGAGAGCUUCAAGAGUAUAUUGUGCACACAGUUUUGUUCACUGCAGGAGCAGCUGUGUUAAUGGCGUGUGUAAAUCGUGUUAUAUUAAUGGUGUUUCUCAUGGAGCAAUGGCGGGCAUGGGUUUUCCUUGUGCUCAACCUCAUCCUCUUAGCCAUUGUCCUCACUCCCAUUUCUUCCACCUCAAAUUUUGAUCAAAACCAACAAUGCAGCAGCAAUGCAGAAGUGAUCGAGAAUAUUGAACGGAAAAAGAAGAGAAGGGAAUAUUACAGGUGCCCGUCAUCUGAACAAGCAGUUGAAGAAGUUAAAGAAUGUGAUGAAGAAAUAUGUAAGAAGAGAUCGACGAGUGUCGAGAAUGAGGAAGAGGGGUUUGAAGACCAGACAGAGGAGGUUUCCAAGGAGGCCCUGAAUGAGAGAGUGGAAGCUUUCAUUGUGAUGUUCAGGCAGCAUUUGGUGUCGGAUGCAAGAAAUGAAUCAAGGUGGAAACAAGUUCUCUGAGAGGCGCAAAUUUGUUGAUCAGCAUUCUGAUCUUGAAAACUUAUAAUUCGUAGGUAGUCUUAAAGGAGUUUUGAGUGUAUUCAACUUUUGGUUUGGUGUCUUGAUCUAUAUUGUCAAAAUUUGGCGUUAAAGUUCAUUUUGAUGCCCAAAAGUUCAAAUUUUAGUCUUGGUUCCACUCUGUAUCUGAAUAAACAAACUGAAUCUUGGUUCCA